CUGGAACGAUUCGCUCAUAGCAAAUGUAGGCACCGUCUAUGUACCUCGAGUGCAUCGACAGUCAUUGCUACCGAGAACCCCUUGCCGCACGCGCCAAGUGAAUCAGUCGAGUUUCGAUCGAGUCGGGGACCGGGUGGCUUCAGUGCUAGGAUGUCGACCAGAAUGGAGCAGUACUUUAGAAGUGAGGACGGUUCCUACGUGGCUGCUGCCGAACAAAACUCCAGCAAAUCCUUCAAUACGAAGCGGUUGGAAAAACUGGUGAAAAUUAUCCUAUUGGACAUAGUGCCAAAAACGAUCAAACUUCUACUGUUUACAGUAUUGGCGUUUCUAAAGUACUUGCUUGUGUCGUUCUUGCCGGCUCAGCGAAAAUCUAUUGCCGGCCAGGUGGCCCUGGUUACAGGUGGUGCAAAUGGUUUGGGCAAAGCACUUUGUUUUCGUUUGGCACAGGAAGGCUGCGCCGUUGCGGUGGCCGACAUAGAUUUGCCGAGUGCGCAAGAAACUGCCGAAGAAGUGCGGGCGCGUUUCGCUGGUGUCAAGGUGGAAGCAUUUCACGUCGACGUCGGUGACUACAAGUCGGUUGUACAGUUGAGAAAAAAUGUAGAACGCGUGCUGGGACCGGUUGACGUACUGGUCAACAACGCCGGACUGCUGGCGAUGCUGUCGCUCUCCGAAGGGACACCGGAGGACGUGCAGAGGAUCGUCAGUGUUAAUCUGAUGUCGCAUUUCUGGACAAUCCGCGAAUUUAAAGCCGGUAUGGUCGAGCGUCGCCGGGGUCACAUCGUUGCCGUAUGCUCAGUGUUAGGUGUGAUCCCAUUCGGACGAACGAUAUGCUACAACACAACCAAGUUUGCGCUGCGUGGCAUGAUGACAUCACUGAACGAGGAAUUCUUCCUGAACGGAUUGUCCAAAGAUCUUCACAUCACCAUAGCCUAUCCGGCUGGGAUUAGGACCCGGAAACAAUUUGUUGAUUUCCUGCAGGAACUAAGGUUGAAGAUCCCUUGGCAUACGCCGGAAUACGUGGCCAAUGCGAUCAUUGAUGGUGUCCUAACUAACCAGACGGAAGUAAUUCCCAGUCAUUUUUACGUUAAAUGGAUUAUUAAAUAUUUCUCCAUUCUACCAACCAGUUUCACCCGACUGGUCUCGGAUAUAUGGAUAGGAAAAGUUCCACAGCUCACGGAAUAGUUAAUUUUAUUUGAUCAUGUUGCUUCAACAUCGAACAUUGCGUAGAAAAAGUUCAUAAUGUUAUAGUCAUCAAAGAAACUACAUAAUUUUAAUUCUAUUUAGUUAUAUGUCAGUACUUGAAAAUAUUCUUUGGAAUGCAUUUUAAUUUCUUUAAAAUGUUUCUUUAUCACAGUUCGAUUAAUAUGUAUGAGCGCUAGUAUUAUUCAAAUGUAUCAUAUAGAUUAUUCUCGGCUCAUUUAAAACAAAACGAAAUUUAGUAUAAUAUGAGAUGUCAUACAGAAAACAUUUGUCACAAAAACAAUAAAAAACGGGUGGGUAGUGUCUGGCACAUAACCGGUGUGACGUGACUGCACUAAGGGCUGUUCAUAGAAAA